GACUGUACCACUGCCUCCAGCUGACUGGGGUGACUGACAAACUGCAUAACCUGGUGUUCAAAGUCACCGUAAGAAAAACACCACACCAUUCUGCAUGACAAAUGGUUUCCACUUGGAAUUAGUUAGCGGAGAAAUAUUUUGGCUACUUUUGCUGAAGGGGCUUGCUUUGCUUGCAAGGUCAUUCAGAAUAAGCUCCCUGAACUUUGAACCGUAUCUGCAAAGCGAGAUAAACAAGAGCCCUAUAAAUACCACAGCCCUUUUCCUCACGCUGUUUUCCUCUGCCACGGAGCUGAGCAGAAGCUGCCAAGGAGCGGGGGAGCAAAGGAUAAAGCCCAGCCAUGUGGGCAGGGCUGGGGCUAGUUCUGGUUCUCUGUCUCCUCCCAGGAGGAGGGACAGAGUCACAGAACUGCAAGGAGGCCCCAGAAUGGCGCAUCGGGGAGGAGAACCCCAUGCUGAACUCCAGGGGCUCCGUGACGGUGGUGGCUCUUCUCCAGGCUAGCUGAUACUUGUGCCUGCUGCAGGCUUCCAGAUUGGAGGACCUGCGAGUGAGGUUAAAGGAUGAAGGACUGGUCAAUAUCUCGUAUGUUGUUGUCAAUCAUCAGGGAACUCACUCACAGAGGAAAUUUCACCUACUGAAAGAAAGUGUUUCAGAAAAUAUUACUGUCUACCAGCAAGAUGAACAGCAAGAUGAUGUCUGGACUACCUUAAAUGGAAACAAAGAUGACUUUCUCAUCUAUGACAGGUGCGGCCGUUUAGUGUAUCACCUGGGUCUGCCCUAUUCCUUCCUGUCUUUCCAAUAUGUAGAAGAAGCUAUCAAGAUUGCGUACUGUGAAAACAAGUGUGGAAACUGCUCUUACACGGAACCUGAUAUUGAUGGCAUAUGUGAAAACAUCACUAAAACAGCAGAAGAAGAGCUAGCAGAGAUAGCACCUGAGCCAGCUGGUCAACAUUCGCACCACCACAACCUGCACAGACACAGACACCACCACCACCACCACCAUCGUGAGGGCGGUCGUCACUCCAAAAAUGAAAACCAUCAGGCUUCUGAAUCUCACAGGCAUCAUUCUCACAGCGGUCGGCGUCACAGAGUUUUUGGCCGCAACAGGCAUGAUCAGACAGGUAGUCAUGAACAGGUAGACACUGUUCCUCCAGGAGAAGGUGUAGAAAUUACACAAGAUAAAAAGCUAUGAAAAAAGGGGAAAACCAGCUGUAAAAACCAGUUAACUUGAAACUGGCAGACAGCAUCAGACUCAACUUCGAGUAGUUGAUGCUGUCAUUGUCGACACCUUUUGUUUGAAGAGGUAGGAAAUUCUGUCACUUGACAGUGUCGCGGAGCACUUCCGAACUCUUGCAGGUGACACGGGCAGCUGUUGGCAGAGGACAUCACUGAAUCCUGACAGUGACGUCUGCUCACUGCUGCCUGACAGUCGCCAGCAGCAGGAGGAAGUGAAACUAGUGACACCUGACAGUGACAGGAAAACGCAAGAAACUGAGCCUGAAAAACAAACUAAGCACUUAAAAAAUGCAAGGGAGUCCUACCAGCUAAAGUCACAUGGUUGUGAGAGUGGAAAAAUUAACGGAUUAAGUGUUUUUAUUGCCUCCAAUUAAAAUGAUACUAAGACAGGUGUGUACAGUUAAAAUGUUGCAAACAAUGACACUUUUAGAGCAGUGCUCUCAAAAUUACACAAUACCUGUCAAAUUCGAUCACUAAAAAACUUAAUAAGAUACAGAAAUUUAGUUGACCCUUAGUUUGUUUUUCAGUUGCACUGGGAAGGUGUCUGCAUUCUUGGUUAAUUUGUCUGUCUUGUUUGUCUUCUGACAUUCUGUUUGCAUUUGUGAGGCCAGGAGCAUAAACUAUGACCUAGGGGCUCCUGUCUGAUGUUCUGCAAUCAAGAACAGAAGAUAACCAAAACAGAUUUUUUUUUUUUUUUUUUUUAAUUAUUAAGAAGAUUGAAUAUAUUCAGAAGUUGUUGCUUUUCUUUCUAACCUGGGGAUAGAAAUUCUGUACGAGAAAAGCUUAUUCCUAAACACUGUGCCAAAAUAACUUUUUAUCUCAAAUGUAGCAUACAACAAGUAAUCGCAUUAUUUUAGAGUAACAGAUUUAUAUGCUUAACUUUUGUGACUUAGAGAAGGUAUCAGGGUCCAUUAAUACAUACUACUACAGCUUGUAAAAUUCCACUAAAUCAGGAAGAUGGUGCCUAAAGAGAGAAGCAGUGUUAACUUCAUGCAGAAUUAUUAUCAGUUUUAAAAAGAGGGAAGGAUGAAACAUUUAAUCUUGGUUUAAUGUUUAUAAUUGUUUAUUACAGUGCUGAAUUUGAUUAAUCUAUAUUGGUUAGUAAGGUAAUAUACCACUUGAACUUGUAUAACUUCUCUGUCCGUAGCUUAGCAUCCGUAACCUUUGAUUAACUGAGUUGAAGUAAAAAUAGAAUUGUUUGAAGGAUUCCUGGAUGAAGAGGAGAAUAUACAAGACUGGAAAACUGCUUUGAAAGCAUACACCAUAAUUAAUGAUGGUUUAAUAGGGAAAUUAUUACUCCUGUGAAACCUGAAUCUUUUUAUUGUGAAUGCUGAUUAGCAAGAAAGUAGUCCUGGGUAUUCAAAGAAUGCAUGCCUUUGGAAUAUUUGACAAGAGUGUUUUCAAUAAAAAAAUUCUGCAUUUU